GGAAGAAAAGAACAUGGCUCCUGCGGCGGGCAGCGCCGAGCGCGGCGCGGGGCGAGGGCGCGCCGGGCGCCAGUGACCGCGAUGGUCCACUCGAGCCGGGUGCAGCCGCAGCAGCCCGGGGACGCGACGCGGCUGCCGGCGCCCCGAGCGGCGGGCCCCGGCCGGCUGAUGGCGGGCGGCGCGGCGCUGGGCGCCGGCGUCGCCGCCCCGGGCGGCCUCCGCGAGCCGAGGGGCCUGGAGAUCGAGAUGGAGCGAAUCCGGCAGGCGGCCGCGCGGGACCCUCCGGCCGGAGCCUCGGCCUCCCCCUCGCCCCCGCUCUCGUCGUGCUCGCGGCAGGCGUGGAGCCGGGACAACCCCGGCUUCGAGGCCGAGGAGGAGGAGGAUGAAGAGGAGGUGGAGGGCGAAGAAGGGGGGAUGGUGGUGGAGAUGGACGUGGAGUGGCGCCCUGGCAGCCGGAGGUCGGCCGCCUCCUCGGCCGUGAGCUCCGCGGGCGCCCGGAGCCGGGGUCUGGGGGGCUACCCCGGCACGGGCCACCCGAGCGGGAGGCGGCGCCGGCGCGAGGACCAGGGCCACGCGAGCCCCAGCCCGGCGGGCGGCGGGGACCCGCUGCAUCGCCACCUCUCCCUGGACGGGCAGCCGCCCCGGGUGGCCUGGGCGGAGAGGCUGGUUCGCGGGCUGCGAGGUCUAUGGGGAACAAGGCUCAUGCAGGAAAGCAGCACUAACCGGGAGAAAUACCUUCAAAGUGUUUUGCGGGAACUGGUCACAUACCUCCUUUUUCUCAUAGUAUUGUGCAUCUUGACCUACGGGAUGAUGAGCUCCAGCGUCUACUACUACACCCGGGUAAUGUCACAGCUCUUUCUAGACACCCCAGUGUCCAAAACGGAGAAAACUAACUUUAAAACUCUUUCUUCAAUGGAGGACUUCUGGAAGUUCACAGGGGGUGCCUUGUUGGAUGGGCUGUACUGGAAGACGCAGCCCAGCAAUGGAACGGAAGCCGACAACCGAAGCUUCAUCUACUAUGAAAACCUCCUGCUGGGGGUACCACGCAUACGGCAACUCAAAGUCAGGAAUGGAUCCUGUUCUAUCCCCCAGGACUUGAGAGAGGAGAUUAAAGAGUGCUACGACGUCUACUCUGUCAGCAGUGAAGACAGGGCUCCGUUCGGUCCUCGAAAUGGAACCGCUUGGAUCUACACAAGUGAAAAAGACUUGAAUGGGAGUAGCCACUGGGGAAUGAUUGCAACCUACAGUGGAGCUGGCUAUUACUUGGACUUGUCAAGAACAAGAGAGGAAGCAGCUGCUCAAGUUGCUAACCUCAAGAAAAAUGUCUGGCUGGACCGAGGAACCAGGGCAACUUUUAUUGACUUCUCCGUGUACAACGCCAAUGUUAACCUGUUCUGCGUGAUCAGGUUAUUGGUUGAAUUCCCAGCAACAGGCGGUGUGAUUCCAUCUUGGCAAUUUCAGCCUGUAAAGCUGAUCCGAUAUGUCACAACUUUUGAUUUCUUCCUGGCAGCCUGUGAGAUUAUCUUUUGUCUCUUUAUCCUUUACUAUGUGGUGGAAGAGAUACUGGAAAUCCGCAUUCACAAGCUACAUUAUUUCAGGAGUUUCUGGAAUUGUCUGGAUGUUGUGAUCAUUGUGCUAUCAGUGAUAGCUAUAGGAAUCAACAUAUACAGAACAUCAAAUGUGGAGGUAUUACUACAGUUUCUGGAAGAUCAAAAUACUUUCCCCAACUUUGAGCAUCUGGCAUACUGGCAAAUACAGUUCAACAAUAUAGCUGCUGUCAUAGUAUUUUUUGUGUGGAUUAAGCUUUUCAAGUUCAUCAACUUUAACAGGACCAUGAGUCAGCUCUCCACAACCAUGUCUCGGUGUGCCAAAGACCUCUUUGGCUUUGCUAUUAUGUUCUUCAUUAUUUUCCUAGCAUAUGCUCAGCUGGCAUACCUUGUCUUUGGGACUCAGAUUGAUGACUUCAGUACCUUCCAAGAGUGUAUCUUCACUCAAUUCCGUAUCAUUUUGGGUGAUAUCAACUUCGCAGAGAUUGAGGAAGCUAAUCGAGUUUUGGGACCAAUUUAUUUCACUACAUUUGUGUUCUUUAUGUUCUUCAUCCUUUUGAAUAUGUUUUUGGCCAUCAUCAAUGACACUUACUCUGAAGUUAAAUCUGAUCUGGCCCAGCAGAAAGCUGAAAUGGAACUCUCAGAUCUUAUCAGAAAGGCCUACCAUAAAGCCUUGGUCAAACUAAAACUGAAAAAAAAUACGGUGGAUGAUAUUUCAGAGAGUCUGCGGCAAGGGGGAGGCAAAUUAAAUUUUGACGAACUUCGACAAGAUCUCAAAGGGAAGGGCCACACUGAUGCAGAGAUCGAGGCAAUAUUCACAAAGUAUGAUCAGGAUGGAGACCAAGAACUGACUGAACAUGAACAUCAGCAGAUGAGAGACGACUUGGAAAAAGAGAGGGAUGACCUGGACUUCGAUCACAGCUCUUUACCACGUCCCAUGAGCAGCCGAAGUUUCCCGCGAAGUCUGGAUGACUCUGAGGAGGAUGACGAUGAAGACAGUGGUCAUAGCUCCAGAAGGAGGGGCAGCAUCUCCAGCGGGGUUUCUUACGAAGAGUUUCAAGUUCUGGUGAGAAGAGUGGACCGGAUGGAGCACUCCAUCGGCAGCAUUGUGUCCAAGAUCGAUGCGGUGAUCGUGAAGCUGGAGAUUAUGGAGCGAGCCAAACUGAAGAGGCGAGAGGUGCUGGGAAGGUUGUUGGAUGGAGUGGCCGAGGACGAAAGACUAGGUCGUGACAGUGAAAUCCACAGGGAGCAAAUGGAGCGCUUAGUGCGGGAAGAGUUGGAACGCUGGGAAUCCGAUGAUGCAGCUUCCCAAAUAAAUCAUGGUUUAGGCACACCAGUGGGACCAACUGGUCAACCUCGCCCCAGAAGCUCCCGCCCUUCUUCCUCUCAGUCUACAGAGGGACUAGAAGGUGGAAGUGGAAAUGGUAGUUCCAAUAUCCAUGUUUAGGAUGUGUAUUUGUAUAUGAGUUCCUAAUAGCAAGAAGACGGCUGUCCUGAGUUGCCAUAACAAGUACACUAUUUUUGUGCCCUGACUACCAUACGAUGCUGGUCUUUGUGACCAGUUAUUAAUUCUUCUGCACUUUAAUUUAUUUUAGGGAAAUUUUGUCCAUGGAUCAAA